GAGACGUAAGUUAGCAACACAGCGUUAACAUGUCUAAAGCACAAAUACUGAGAUCUUUAGUCAACCAGAGACUCACUGCAGCUGCUGAAGAGAUAUUUGAGCUGUUUGAAAGAACGAUAGCAGAGCACGAGGAGGAACUUUCUCGUUCUAAAGAGGAGAACGAGCGACAACGGAAACUACUGGACGCUGUUUUCAACCCUCAGCUUCGGUUACACAGAGCAGACAUCCAGCAGCUGAUGGUGGUUAAAGAAGAGGUUCUACCUGAGCAGCGGGAGUGGAGCUGCAGUCUGAACCCGGAGAACCCAGAGCCCCCACACAUUAAAGAGGAACAGGAGGAACUCUGGACCAGCCAGGAGGGAGAGCAGCUUCAAGGGCUGGAGGAGGCUGAUACCGAGUUCUCAAUCACUCCUGUGAAGAGAAAAGAAGAUGAAGAGGAAGCUCAGUCCUCACAGCUUCAUCAAAGACAAACUGAACAGAUGGAACCAGAAGCUGAUGGAGAGGACUGUGGAGGACCAGAACCAGACAGGAACUCAGAUCCAGAUAGACCUCCAGAAUCAGAUACUGAGAAGACUGGAGACUCUUCUGAACUCGAGACUGAUGACAGUGAGGAUUGGAAGGAGACCAGAGAACCUCAGCCAGGUUCAAACUCUUUGAAAAAUGAUGAAGUCCCUGUCAGUGAUUCAAGAUGUGGGACUGGUGGGAAACAGUUUAGAUGCUCCGAUUGUGAGAAAACAUUUGGCACCCGUGGAGCUCUUAAGAAACACAUGAUAAUGCACACAGGAGAGAAACCUUACAGCUGCUCAGUUUGCAAGAAAUCUUAUAAACGGAGUCAUACUUUACGGAUACACAUGAAAACUCACAGGGGAGAGAAACCUUUCAGCUGCUCAGAGUGUGGUAAAGGUUUCAUUGAAAAUGGAGCCCUGAAGGCCCACAUCAGAAUCCACACGGGUGAGAAACCUUACAGCUGCUCAGUGUGCAAGAAAUCUUGCACGGACUGGAAGUUUACAGACACACAUGAGAAUCCACACAGGAGAGAAACCUUACAGCUGCUCAGUUUGCAAAAUAUCUUUUGCACGGAGUGGAAAGUUACAGACACACAUGAUGACUCACAGGAGAGAAUCACCUUUAGCCCUUUAACCCAAUCACCCCCUGCCAAGUUUCAUCACCGCUGCUCACGUGAGCUUUGAAGUCCCCCAGCAGAACUGUUACGUCCCGGUGGGGACCAGGGAGUAACAGUUGAUGGUAAGUGGUCGAAGGAAGAGGGGGAAACGCUGGUUUAAAGAAAGAAAAUGGUUUAUUAACACAAGAAAGGCAAUGGCAACAAAAGAACACUGCUCCGCAGAGAAUCACACAAAAAGCAGGCUUACACUGAGCAGGCCGAGACUGAUCUAAGAGACCAACAAAAGGAGAAAACACAAGGUUAAAUAAAGUUACACAAGAAAACAACUACC